CGUUUCGACUUAUUCAACGAAUGCGACAGCCAUUUUUGACUACCCAUCUCAAUUCGGGUGCGAGUCUUUUGCAGACUAUCAUUUUGAUUCGAGCACGUCGUAGCCGGUGUACGACGUAGUUUUUCUGUGAGAAAAAGUGAAUUUUACUGCUUUUAAAAGUUACGAUAGUCAUUUUUUUCUGAAGUGUAACGAGGCCUAUCUGGCACAGCGUCGCAAAAAUUGAUUCCAACAUGAGUAGUUACGGCCGACCUCCGCCUAGGAUCGAUGGAAUGAUAUCGCUCAAGGUCGAUAACUUAACGUACCGUACAACACCUGACGAUUUACGUCGUGUAUUUGAGCGAUGCGGUGAGGUGGGUGACAUUUAUAUUCCACGUGAUCGCCAUACCCGUGAAAGCAGAGGUUUCGCAUUUGUCCGAUUUUACGAUAAACGGGAUGCCCAAGACGCGUUGGAUGCUAUGGACGGACGAAUGUUAGAUGGCAGGGAGCUUCGUGUCCAAAUGGCACGUUAUGGACGGCCUACUUCGCCUCAACGUGGUAGUGGAGGUGGUGGUGGUGGAGGACGACGAUACAAUGGACGCGAAAGAGGUCGCUCUCGUGAUCGCUAUCGAAGACGCUCUCGGUCGCUGGAUCGCCCACGCGGAGGAGGUGGUCGUCGGUCUUAUUCACGAUCGAAGUCACGUUCCCGAGACCGAUCUCGUUCCGGAAGCAAAUCAUCGCGCGGUAAAGAGUCGAGAUCGCGUAGCCCGCUAGACAGAGGAACGCACUAUUAGGUUAGCAGCGUGCUGCUUAUUUGAUAGUGGACCCAGUUGAUCCAGCCAAACCGAACAGGCGUAUGUGUCUGUUGUACACAUUAUUAUAAAACUCCCAAUUUAAUUAAAAUAACAUGAGAAACGGACAAACGCACUUGGAUAAUAUGCUGCGAAAAGCAUUGGACAGGGCAUAUGCGGUUGCAUGCUGCUGCUGCUCCUACUGCCGUUUGCCUGUAAGAAAGCGAUACAGCGAACUUACAAGCACACUGACUGAGCGAGCGGGGAGAAAGAGAACUGUUCAAAUCGCUGCUGUGUUGCAGAGAGCGUACGUCCCCGUCAUUUCAUGUUCCGGUCGUCCUUCGUUACAAGAAACCAACGCGCGUCCAUUUGGCAGAACCGAUGCGUGGACUUUUUAAGCCGCAUAAGGCGUUUGCCGUCUUGAAACCAAAAGAAAUCACUCAUAUUUGCUGCCUUGCUGAUCGCUGUAUCGCUGGCUGGCUGGUGUCUGGUCCUGAGGGCUGAUGAAUGUGUCGUGCAGAGUGCAGAUCGCCGUUUGUUCCGGAGACAACCGCAGCUGUAGUAGUAACUUUUCUGCAAGGUGACAUACAGCCCACCGUCCCAACGGAUUUACUGGAAGCGGCCGGCUUUUGAUGCUGUUGCUGCUGUCGAGUUUUCUUUCUCUCUUUCUUUUCUUUUCCUUCUUUUUCUACAGUCUAGUGCUCAGUGUUUAAAUUUCAAAUCCAUUUUUUUGUUUAAUUUACCUAUAACUGCUCUAAAGCAUUUUGCAUGUCUGUACCGACGAAGUUGCUGACAAACACGAAGCACCAGAGCAGAGAAAGAGGGGAAAUUUCCAAAAGUAUGAUGCUGAGCCUGAACUUUCUCCGGGGUGUGGUUGAAUUUGAGCAGAGCUACGAAAAAACUUAUUGAAAGGCAGAGAGUGCGUGAAAGGAGUUUUUGAAAUGCUGAGAUGUUGGGGAUAACUUGUAGCGGAGGGCAUCCGGAAAUAUAAGGCAGAUUAGCAGAGAUUGCAGUAGACAGACUGUUCCGAGUUGCGUCCUUUAGUAUGUUCGAGUCGACGUGACAAUCGUGGUCUCAGCUGCUGUGUUGCCGAAUAAAUUACUCUUUCUAGGUUACAGAUAAACUACUGUUAAGCUGCUGCUUUUGCCGACCUUUUCCAAACAUCGAUAAGUUUUAUAUUUUCAGAUAAGAGCCAAGAUUUUCAACCUACAACAUUCGAAACUUUAUCCACAAGAGUGACUGCUGAAACUGGAGAAAUCGACAUUUCAUACCGGUGGUGGUAAGUUCACUGCAUUUGAUUAGGGAUUUUUGUGCACCGUCAAAUAAAUCUUUCAUUUCUGCUACUAUAUUCAAGUAAAUGCUAUAUUUUAAGCUAAUGAACACACACGAAAUAACUACUAACUAUAUGAAUGGAUAGAACCAACGAAAUAAAUCGUAAUUGAAGUUCUGCAUCAUAA